CGUGCAGUGUAGCAGCAGAGGUGGGUGGAGUGUUUAAUUUUCUUGAAGUCUCUUCUCUACUCUGCCACUGCCAGACUUAUUCCUUCAUUCCUCUCACACUCUCUUCUCCUCCUCCUCCACCACCCGCGUUUUGGGAAACCAGAAGAGAGUACCCUCGUUUCUCCUCCACCCACGUCGCUGGCCAAGAAACACGAAGGCAGAGUGCAGGCCAUUCACGGCGUCUCCUUUCUCCUCCACCGUGACAUCCACCACGUCGCUGGCAGGGGCAGCAGCGCCACCAUCGGACUGUGAUUGACGAACGAUUUCGACCGCCACGACCACCACGAACACGGGUUUGUUUGUAAUUUGCGUUCUGGUUCCCUUUUCUUUCAAUUUGUAACCUAAAUUUAUGAUUUUCGUAACCCUAAAAUUGGUUUCCUGUAAUUGGAAGUUAUGGUGUAUGUGUGGUUGUUGUUGCUGCGAUUUGUCCUUGUUUGGAUUGGACCCAUUCUGUGAAUCAUAAUUGUUGUGCUGUUGUUGGUUAAAUUUUCCCCCAAUUUCAAUUUCGUAGUAGUUGCUGCCGUUUUGGUGUGGUGGUGAUGUUCAUUUCUUUUUUUCUUGUUUUUCUAGUGUUACUAUUUUUUAUCUGACUGUGUGAUAGGCUGAUAGUUGUGGUUGUUUUCUUUGUUUGUCUGUUUAUCUGUAAUCAUGUUGGAGAUAUGUGGAGAACAUGUAUUUCAUCGUUGCACUGUGAUCAAAUAAAUACUGCCACUGUUUCAUAUUGUUCUAUCAUCCUUGAGACAAAAAUAUGUUCUUCAUUAAUGAUUGAAUUAUAUGAUAGAAAGUACCAAGUUGCAAAGUUGUAUGUGCCGUGUUUGCAAAGCUGGGAUUGAGUUGUUUGGCAUUAACUUAAACUGAAAUUUGCUUAUACACUGCAGUAUAUUUGAUGUAGAACUAUAAUGCCACCUCCUUUUUAACUGUUCUGAACUCUAAUUUGUUUGAGGCAUCUCUACCGGGGUUUGAUGAUGGGGAGAUUUUAGAAGAUGCUCCUAUUGAUUUGGAGGGUUUAGAUGCUUCUGCAGCACAUGUUGCCAAACAAAUUAUACAACCUCUCAUCCAUAAUUAAUGCUUCUGUUUUUUUUUAAUGUAACUGUUUGCACUUUGGUAAUGCUCCAUGCCUAAAGUACUCUAAUUCAGACUUGUUAUUGAUGUUGCAACAGUGUCUUGAUGACUUGCAGAGAGCAAAAUGUCAUUUAUAUAUAUUGUAGGGUUGUUUGUUUUGUGAUCAGUUAUAUUAUAUACUGCAGGGUUGUUUUUGUUGCAAUAAUUUUGUUGAAAUCUGAUUUUGGACUGAAAAUGUAACAUAUGGAAAAAAGCCCGCGGGCCAGCCCGCCAGCUUGCGGGCCGGGUUCAAAAGUGUAACCCGUUUCACCCUUGCGGGCCAGCCCGGCCCGGCCCGUAAAAAUCGGGCCAAAAUCGGGCCGGGUCAAAACGGGCCGGGCUGGCCCGUUUUGACAUCCCUACACGUCACUCACAUCCAAGUGAUCCAAAGCAAGCUCUUGAUUCACAUUUGUAGAUUGUUGUUCAGUUGGUCAUCAAGUACCUAUUUAUCCAAUUAGAUUCCGUGAAACAGGGAGCAAAACAAACAAGGUUUGGAUGCACUAAUGCAGUUUAUGGUGGUAGUCGAGUAGAAGAGGACCAUGUGUUUGUGAGAAGGACCUUGUUUUUGUUACACAUGGAGAGACUAAGUUGCACAGGUUCUUCGAUCAGAAGGCGUUCAACGAGCAUAUCAAGUCAUAUAAGCCACCAUACAGAUAAUGAUGACGAAUGUGAGAGGGUUUCAGAGGCUGGAGAUAUUGGGGAUAGAGCUCUUCCAAGCACCAGACACAGUGAGAGUGGUAGCACCCACUUCUCUUUUGACAUCAGGCCAGAAGAAAAUGAAGUUGUUGUUUCAACUGAAGAGGAGGAAAUAUUGCACCCAAACUCCACUCUUUCAACAGGUGCAAUAGUGGACUCUGAAGCCAUAAAUCAUGAAACUCGUGGAGGUUUGCCGAAAUUGCUGGACUAUGCUUCAUGUAUGGUUCAUUUAGCUGUUUUUGGAAUUCUUGGGGUCUUGACAAGAUAUUUACUGCAAAAAUUGUUUGGCCCUGGGGUUGGCAAUGUGACAAGCAACCAAACUCUGCUUUACCUUGACCUUCCUUCUAAUAUGAUAGGUUCAUUUCUUAUGGGAUGGUUUGGUGUUGUAUUCAAAGGAGACAUAUCUAAUGUGUCGGAGCAUCUAGCCAUAGCAAUAACAACUGGCUACUUAGGGAGCCUUACAACCUUCAGUGGUUGGAAUCAAAAAAUGCUUGAACUCAGUGUUUCUGGUCACUGGCUUUUCGCUUCGCUUGGAUUUGUAGUAGGUUUAUUUCUUGUUGCCUUCUCCAUCAUAUUUGGGAUUGAAACUGCUAAGGGUUUCAGGUGGCUUCUUAGCAAGCUGAGUUGUGGAGCUGGAAGUGAUGGCUCUAUUAUCAGCACCAGAGUAGACAGCAAUAGCCGUCAGCUGACAAUUUUGAUGAUGUUUUUGGUGAUCUUAAUAAUGUUAUGGGGUGUCUGUGGUGUAUUAGUAAAGGCUGAGUUCAGGUAUGGUGGCAGUGCUGCUGAGUUGUGGUUUGCUUGCAUGGUUGGACCAAUAGGUGUGUGGAUUAGAUGGUUCUUAGCACGGCUCAAUGGUCGUGGCUUAGGAAAAGCAGGGUUGCUCAAAUGGAUUCCAUAUGGGACUCUAAUUGCCAAUGUAUCUGCUGCUUUUGUUAUGGCUGCACUUGCUACAUUGAAGAAAGCGGUACACACUAGAGACUAUGAUACUAUUGUAUCAGGAACUCAAUUUGGUUUGUUAGGGUGUUUGAGUACUGUCUCUACUUUUGCUGUUGAGUUUAAUGCAAUGAGAGAAAGUAACUAUCCUUGGAGAGCUUAUGCAUAUGCCAUUAUUACAAUAUGUAUCUCAUUUGUUAUUGGAAUUUUGGUAUAUUGUGUCCCAGUUUGGACAAAGGGGGUUUGACAUUGAUGCAUAUAGUUUGUGACUUCAUGUAUUCUAAAUCAAAGUAUCAUUACAACCUUUUUUUAUAUAUAUAACAGUUGAGAGAAACAAGAGUAAGGCGUCUAUUACUCUAUAAAGAGGUUUUAAGCAACCGAAGUCUUCACAAAAUAUAUUUGGUGCACCUGCACAACUCAGUGUUGCUCUAAUUCUAUUAUGAACCCUGUCAAA